AAUUAUGGUAUGGUGCUCAUAGACCAUAUUAACAGCUACACUUAAUGUUAUCAGUAUUCUGUUUUGAGUAAAGGCGUUUCAAUCAAAAUGAGUGCAUUGCAUUUAAACAUUUUUCUGACGAUCUUAUCAAUAAACAUGAUGACGUGGUCCCAGUACUAUUUUGGCAACAUGUAAUCAUAACAAGGGUGUUGUGCGACAGAAAUGUGCCUUUUUGCAGACAUAAUUUUAAUGGAUGGACAAGUGGACCGAUGAAAUGAGGAAUGAACACAAUGGGUGCCGAUUGGAGAUCGUAUCCCUCUCGGCAAAUCGUCUACAACCGUUACAUUUUGAAAGGAUUGCAAUACACCCCUACCUUAGAAAAAGAUAAAAUCUAUUUGACCGAUCACGAUAUAGACCUAUUGUCGGCGGCCGACAGGAUGUAUAGCGUCGAAAGAACCAAAGCUGUGAAAAAAUUGUCCAGAAAAGCCGAAGCGCUGCAAUGCACUAACGGGUUAGUAAUCAGGGAUAAUCUGCAGUUGCUCCGGACGGUCAACAAUUACCACAUAGGUGCUAUCAGUCAAAACGACACCGACCUGACCCGGAUACUUGCGUUGUUCUACAUGCUCGACACGUCUGUUCGCAAUUGCUUUUGGCGGAUCCAUAUCAAAAUCAAAGCGUACCUGACCCUCUACAGUAGUGAACCGGCAAAAUUGUUUUUCUCCGACCUCGGCAAGUACAUCGACGACAUCGACGAGUACUGCCAACGGUGCAAGAGAGACGGGCUGAUGAUAAUAUCGCAGACGCCGGACCCGGAGACCUUGCCGGCACCGGAUUUGGAGGAUAAAAUCGACCAGGCGUUGGCCGAGCCCAAGAAACUGUUCGAACUGCAGAACUACACAUUGGAUCACUGGGGCGACCAGAUAACGCGCACCGUCGACGACGUGUGUGAAUCGUUUUCGCAGGUUUUGUGGACCAAUGCCAAAACGCAAAUGCUCGGAUGCAGAAAAGCAAGGUGUCUCGAGUCGUUGAAUUGCACUUGGUACAUGGUCCCUUAUGGUUAUGUGCGAUUCCAAAAGAUAGUUUUGCGAAUCAUCCAGGCGAACGUCACGUACCGAGCGUGGGUCCACCUCAAGACGUACGCGGCCUACGCGGAAAGACACAAUCUCGAGGACCCAGCGGAGAUCCGGAACUGGUUGACAACGUUUUGGUUGCUGUUGCGAGAUCCGCUGUCGUCGGCCGUGGAUCUUCUGGACUUGCGACACGGCGUUCUCUGGAGUUUGACCUAUCACAUGGCGACCGCCGAAGAAAUCGACGAAGACACUUUGAACAGCAUGAUUCAGUGCAUGCGAAAUCAGCUCGAAGCGGAAUAUCUCAAACUCGAAGUGCCCAAAUGGCAAUGGGGCUUCAACGCCUUAGACUUGGAGCUCAGCGAAACGACGGAUUUCGAAUCAGACAUGGUCAUCAAGAACACAGCGUUGCUACAGUACUACGUCGAAAGGGUCCGGACCAUUUUCCUGCCCCUCGACAUUCACUUUGUACGGUUUUUCUUGAGUGGCGAAGACGCCUAAACGACGACUACUCGUUCCAAGAAAACUUAUCUCCAAGGCUUCGCACAUCCAAGUAAAUUUCUAUGUACAACACGAUACUCAUACCAAGAAUAUGCUUAGCAUUAAUACUCAAUUCUGUAUUCAUAUCAUAAUUGGAAAUUUUGUCAAAACUACUUU